GAAUCAUUAGCCAAUACUUUAAAUCCAACUACCGUUUAUUCAUAUCUCCUUGCACGUCAAUCAAGAUUACAAUGCCAUAACGGACUAAGUCCUCGUAACAUUUUUAGGCGCCGUAUUGGGCAAUUUAGAGUGUAUGUGAUACUAUCAAAUCUACUCGUGACAGUAAAUUCACUUCCAAAUGACCAUGGACCACCAGUCUCUAGAGAUAUAGAUGUUGAUACAUUAUUAAAACAAACCCGAGAUCACGUGAGAUACAACUCUGAUCAUUGGCAAAGAAGUACAGACGUAAGGGAAG